AUGAGUGCAUUUGGCCGUCCAUAUCUGAUGCUUGCCUUCUACAAGAUGUUUUGGAUCAUUUUCACUUAUCUCGGAUCUUAUUUCUUUGUCAAGCGCAUCAUCAGCCAUGUGGAGCAAGUUUCAGAUGAAAACAUGGGCCAAAAUUCUUCCGCAGAAGGUUACCUCUAUGCUUUGGGUCUUUUCUUGACUUGCAUUGGCAGUAGCGUCUGUAUUCAGCAGGUCAUGGCUGAAUGUACGCGUAUUGGUGUUCAGGUUCGAGCAGGUCUCAUGGUCCUGAUCUAUCGUAAAUCACUCAAGCUAUCUUCAGCCCACGGGGGUAUUGGCAACAUCAUCAAUCUCAUUUCAAAUGAUUGCAAUCGCGUCGCAGAAUCGUUUGUCAACUUCCACUUUCUGUGGAGCUCAGCUUUAGAGAUUUUGGUGGUGAUUGCCUUAGCAUUCCUAGAACUUCAGCUUGCUGCUAUCCCAGCUUUGAUCAUCCUCAUCUUACUCUUCCCUGUUCAGUAUUUCCUUUCAUUGUACACUGCUCGUGUUAAUGCCAUGACAACUAAUACAACAACUGCCAGGAUUCAUAUCAUGUCCGAACUCUUGACUGCCAUCAAACUGAUCAAGUUCUAUGCAUGGGAGCCUUAUUUCCGUGACAGAGUGACUCGUGUGAGAGCAAAGGAGAUGGGAGAACUUCGCCGUGGAAUGUACUUGAAAAUUACAUCAUUUGCAGUUGUGUUCUCAGCACCUGUUGUCACAACUUUGGCAUGUAUGUGCGUUUAUGAGCUGACUGAUACGCGUGGGGCUCGAGGUGAUGUCAAAGCAAGUGUCGUAUUCACUAUUCUUUCUAUCUUCAAUACACUGCGAUACCCAUUGAUCAUGUUACCCAUCGCUGUCAAGACAACUCUGGGUGCAUUACUGAGCUUCGACCGCCUCGAUGGCUUCUUGGGCUUACCAGAGGUAGAACCCCUUUCAGUUCAUGGCCGCUCUGAUACGAGUGGCUCAGAUCAGGAUAGCUCCAAGGAUACAUCUAUUGUGGCUGAUGGAUUAGUCAUGAACGGGUCGAGUAGCGGUAGCGGAGAUGCAAAAGAAAUGGAGAGACUAGCGCUUCGUCGUGAGAUUGCUAGCCUUCGAAUUUACAUCAAGGAUGCUGAUUUCGGUUGGCCUGAUUCGCAAGAGUCCAACCCGACACUCAAAUUUAUUAAUAUGAGAGUCAAGCCAGGAGAAUUAGUGGCCAUUGUAGGCGAUGUUGGGUCCGGCAAAUCUUCAACAUUAGCUGCAAUCAUGGGUCAAAUUAAGCUUCGUGCUGGAGAUCGUGAAGUUCAUGGAUCGCUCGCAUAUGUCCCCCAUGAUGCCUGGCUAGUAAAUGCCACUCUUAAAGAAAAUAUUUUGUUCGGACUUCCCUUUAAUCGACAGAAAUACAACGAUAUUUUGCGUGUCUGCGCUCUCAAUCGCGAUCUGACAUUAUUAAGCGCAGGAGAUGAAACUGAGAUUGGUGAACGUGGAAUCAAUUUGAGUCAAGGCCAGAGACAACGAGUCAGUCUGGCCCGUGCUGUAUACUCUGACGCGGACAUUAUGCUUUUGGACGAUCCUCUCAGCGGCAUGGACGCUCAGGUUGGAAAACACAUCUUUCAGGAGUGUAUUAAGGGAUACUUGGCUAACAAAACUGUCAUCUAUGUUACCAAUCAACUCCAACACCUCGGUGAUUGUGAUCGUAUCAUCGUUAUGAAGGCAGGUUCUGUCGAAGCUCAGGGCACUUUUGAUGAACUGAUGGCCAAAGAUGUUAAUUUGGCACGCAUUGUCGAAGAGUCUAUGGAAAUUGAGGAUCCUGAUCAAAUUCAAGAGCUCAUGAGCGAAGUUCGGUUGGAGCCAUCAGCGGAAGGAGACGAAGAAGGGUUCGGAGUGGCCUCUCAACCAAUGAGUCCGACCGGAUUAAAUGCAGAGAAAAGCACCGAUCGCCAGCUAACUGUCCCCAAAAAUGUCGCAAUCCAGCGAGGAUCGCUUGGAAAGAGCCUAGCAUCCCGUUUUUCUAAUGAAGGCGCUGCUGUGGAGUCAGAUGGUGAGGAGCUUGGCAGUAUCAUGGUCCAAGGACGGACUAGUAUGGGUAUAUCAGGCAAGGCCGCUGCUGGAGGGUCUUCUAGUGUGAAUAGUCGUCCCAACUUGCUCUCCCAGCGCUCACAUUCCAUGUCUAAUCCUGGAACAUCUUACAACAACUACAUGGCUGCUAAUGAGCAGACAAUUCAUCGACUUCGAGAGAUGAAUGCACAUACGAUACAGAAUCAGAUGAUUAAUGAGCAGACAAUUUCCAGGAUGAUAGAGCGCAAUCAGAUGACAAUCUUAGGAAGUAUGGGCCAAAAUAGACUAACAGGAGCCCCUACUAAUCGCGAGGAGAAUAUAAUGGCAAAAGCGGUGGAGAGAAAUCAACUGACAAUUCACAGUCUGAGUGGUCGCGAUGGCGGCAUGCUAGGAACUAGUGGUGGACGUGGCGAACGACUGGAUCUGGGAUAUGGCGUAAAAAGUAGAGAUGGUGUCCCCAGCUGGUCAGUCGCAAAAGCUUAUUUGCGUAAAGGAACUGGCAUGGGCAUUUCUAUUUCUGUGGCCCUGAUCUUUUUGGCAACACAUGGACUACGGAUCUUUUCAGACUAUUGGUUGCGCUUCACAGUAGGUCCGGAUGAGAAAUCUGACUUUCAUUAUUAUAUCGGUGUCUAUGGUGGGCUUGUAGCGGCAGUUGUCGUUGGCAUAUUUGCUCGCACCUUCCUUUUGUCCUGGAUCGUCUUCAAAAAGUCCGUUACAUACCAUGACCGCGUCUUCCGCAAAAUUUUGAGGGCACCUAUGAGUUAUUUUGAUGUGACACCGUUGGCCAGAAUUUUGAACGCAUUCGCAAAACACAUGUAUACAGUAGACGAGGUUCUACCGGAUGCCAUCCUUCAGCUACUACAGUAUGCCCCUUUGGCGAUCGGUGCAGCUAUCUUAGUAAUCGUGAUCGUUCCCUGGUCAGCUAUUGCCGUAGCUGUCUUACUCGUAGUUGCCUGGGCUCUAGUGCACUUUUCCUCAUACACUGAUGAGCGACUCAAGGGUAUGGAGGCUAUGACUAAAGGGCCUAUCUUUGCCCACAUGGCCGCAACUCUGGAUGGCCUGUUUUCGAUCCGCGUCUAUGGUGCCGAGCAACGAUUUGACAGCUUCAAUUUACACAAAAUUGACGAUAACCACAAAGCAUUUUUCGCCAUGAUGCAGGUCCGUUCGUGGCUUGCACUCUAUUUAGACCUUAUCUCGUCUAUCUUUGUUCUGGUGACAGCCAUGUGUGUUAUUUACUUUUCGGGAGGCGGCUCAUUGGAUGCAUCGGAAGUCGGUUUGGCGAUUACGAAUGCUCUUCAGCUGUUGAUCUUUGGUCAGUGGUCUAUACGCAUGGCUGCUGAGAUCAAAUCGACCAAGGAGUCAGUCUGCCAACUUGAAUUGUAUGGUAUGAACAUCCCUGCAGAGGCUCCCGACCACAUCCCAGAGUCGCAGCCUCCAUUGGACUGGCCUAGCCGAGGAGAAAUCGAGUUCAAGAAGGUUGUACUUCGAUAUCAGAAUUACGGAGUCGCUGUCUUGAAGAAAGUGAGCUUUGUUGUUCAACCAGGCGAGAAAAUUGGAGUAGUUGGAAAGAUGGGCAGUGGCAAGACUACAUUGCUGAUUUCUCUGUUGAGAGUAGUUGAAGCAGCAGAGGGUAAGAUCCUAAUCGAUGAUGUGGAUGUACGUGAGAUUGGACUCCAUGAUCUCAGGAGCAAGAUCGCGAUUAUCCCUCAAGAGCCAGUUCUGUUUGUGGGCACCAUCCGAUCCAACCUCGACCCCUUCCAUCGCAGGACCGACCAAGAAAUCUGGGCAGCGUUGGAUGCAGUUCACCUGUCGGAGAAUAUUAAACAGAACAUGCCUCUCAAAUUAGAGACGCCUAUUAUCGAAAACGGACGUAACUUUUCUCUUGGACAGCGCCAGUUGUUUUGUAUUGCACGUGCUAUUCUCUUUCAAAGUAGAAUUCUUGUUCUAGAUGAGGCUACUAGUGCAGUGGACCUUCAAACAGAUCUCUUGAUUCAAGAUACGAUCAAAAAGAACUUUGCAAACUGCACAGUUCUUAUGAUUGCUCAUCGACUCAAUACAAUCAUCGAGUGCGAUAAGAUUCUGGUUAUGGAGGAUGGGCGAGUAGUUGAGUUUGAUCAUGCAACUAAGCUGAUCGAGAACAAAGAUGGGUAUUUCUAUGGCCUUGUCAACCAAUCUGGACAAGAUGCAGUCACCCGCCUCAAAACCAUGAUAAGAGAACAUGGUCAGACUAUUGGUAGUGGUGGCGGCAACCUAUCCAUCAUCACUAAUAGUGAUUCUACUGGGCCAUCUAGAACAAGUGAAGCAUCACCUAUCACAGGAGUCCCGCAGGAGACUUGUACCGAAGAUGAGAUGGAGUCUAGGGAACUCUUAUUGAAGCAGCACUCAAAAAUGCCUUCCAUAUCAGUUACUGAUCCACAAAGAGAAAUAGGGGCCGAAGGCACUAACGUAGCUUCGACUCCAACUUCAGCUUCUACUGCAAUUGAUCAUGAAGGACGAACUGUAAACAUAACUGGAGAGAGAUCGACAUUAUCUACACCCAUGGUACGAUCUGGCAGUGGUACUGCCAAUGUUGUAUCCAGUAGCAGUGGUGCGACAUCAUCAGGAACAGUAUCAUCCACAGUACACCAGAUGCCUCGAUCACUCGAGGAUGUGUUUGCACCACGCACUACACCAACAAAAAAGGACGCGUAA